AUGGCGACACCUGCCGCGGAGAAGCCGGAAGAUGUAGAGAUCCGCGAGGUUUGGGCGGACAACCUCGAGGCAGAGUUCGCCGUGAUCCGCGACAUCGUCGACGACUAUCCCUAUGUGGCCAUGGAUACGGAGUUCCCCGGCGUUGUGUGCCGCCCGCUCGGCACUUACAAGACGGCGGCCGAGUUCAACUACGCCACCCUCAAGGCGAACGUUGACAUGUUGAAGCUUAUUCAGCUCGGGCUCACCUUCUCCGACGAGCAUGGUGGGCUGCCGGCGCUCGGCACAGAGGGUCGGCCCUGCGUGUGGCAGUUCAACUUUCGAGGCUUUGACCCUCGGACCGAUGUGGCUGCAUCAGACUCCAUCGAUCUGCUGCGUCGUAGUGGUAUUGACUUCUCUCGCCAUGCUGCUGACGGAGCUGACGCUCGCCGGUUCGCUGAGCUGCUCAUGUCCUCCGGUGUAGUAUUGAAUUCAGAUGUUCACUGGGUGACUUUUCAUAGUGGCUACGACUUUGGCUACCUGCUCAAGCUACUCACCGGCACAAAUCUGCCUGAUACAAUGUCAGGGUUCUUCGAUCUCAUCAAGAUUUACUUUCCUGUUAUCUACGACAUCAAACACUUGAUGAGGUUCUGCAAUAGCCUCCAUGGAGGUCUGAACAAGCUUGCUGAGCUGCUUGACGUCGCAAGGGUUGGAAUCUGCCACCAGGCAGGGUCUGAUUCGCUUCUUACAGCGCUGUCCUUCAAGAAGCUUAAAGAGGCAUACUUCAACGGGUUAACUGAGAAAUAUGCCGGUGUGUUGUAUGGACUUGGCUUUGAGGGUGGAGAGACCACCUCAGCUCACUGA